CUUUUUGAGAUGACCAUGAAACUCAAGUUUCAUCUUUGUUGAAAUAUUUGCUGAAAUUUUCGGUGACGUCACUGACCCUCAUUCACACUUCUCCAGGUGUGUUUUCACACUUCUCCGGGUGUGUAAUAGCUCUGUCACACUUCUUUUCUCUCUGAGUAUUCUUAACCGUGAUCCGCAAAGAGUAGCUCAAAUCAGUGAUAACAACGGAAUUCGGAUGAAAAACGGCGAGAUGGUGUCGUAUGCUGAGAAAAUUGCUGGAGGAUUGAAGCAAAGAGGCUGCAAAAUAGGAGACGUUGUUGGUUUUGUGGCAGCAAAUGGACACAUGUUGGCUCCUACAUUGAUUGCUUGCUUCCUCCUCGAAGCUCCAACAAAUGCGAUGGAUGUGAAUCAGAAUGAAGACGAAAUAUGCGCAAUCUUCAGAAUUACAGAACCCAAAUUUAUUUUUUGUGAUGCCCAAAAAAUUAAUCUUGUGGAGAAGGUUGCUCGAAGGAUGCAGAAUUCUCCCACAAUAAUUGUUUUUGGUGAAAAUAAAAUUGAGAACUACAUCAGUGUUGAAGAUCUAAUGCAGGAAGGUGAUGAUGAGGAGUUAAGAAGGAAUAUUUUACUAGAGGCUUGUCGUCCAAUACAAAUGGACUAUAACAUCAUUUGCUGCUCUUCUGGAACAACAGGCCCACAGAAGGCCGUCUGCAUUUCCUACCAUGCACUAGUGGAAGAAUACUGGCAUCAGAAUGUUGUCUCAUCGUCAACAGACUCCUUAUUCAGCUUCUGCCCUAUGUUUUGGACAAUAGGCUACCUUGUACUCAUAAGAAGUAUCUUUCAUGGAAUUACUCGCAUAACGACGACUGAGAAUUUUAACCCAGAACUCUUCCUUCACAUCAUUACCAAAUACAAAGUAACUAAUAUAAUCAUCAGCCCAAUUUUACUGGAUUAUGUGUUCGCAUCUCCAAAGUUUUCACUCUCAAGUUUUUCCACAUUGAAGGAAAUCUGGUGUGGUGGGAAUAUGGUAACAGAACGCCUGGUUGAGAAACUAAAGCCCUUCAUGCUGCAAAUUCAAUUAGUGAUUGCAUAUGGAUGUACAGAAACAGGUGGAUUAACUGCCUACAAAUAUAACCCAAAAGGAACAAUAAGUGUUGGAAAUCUAUUUCCUGGAAUUGAAGGAAUUGUCGUUGAUGAAGAAGGAAGAAGACUUGGUCCAGGAGAGGUUGGAGAACUUUGCUUUACGGCGCCUUAUCGUUUUACUGGCUAUCUAAAGAAUCCAGAAGCAACCAAUGCUUAUAUAGCCAACGAUGGAUUCAUGCAUACCGGAGACUUAGGAUUCUAUGAUGAAGAAGGUUUUCUUUACAUUAAAGGAAGAUGUAAAGACGUCAUCAAGUACAUCGUGUCUCAUGUAUCAGGAUCAGAAAUUGAAAGGGUUAUUAAGACACAUCCUUGCGUGUCUGAAGUAGUCGCUGUUGGGAUUCCUGAUCAAAAAUGUUGUCAACUUCCUGCUGUUUUAAUUGUUCUAAAAGAAGGAUCAGCCGUUGCAGCCGAAGAGAUUUCAGACCUCGUUGCGAAGAAGCUUCCUGAUUCCCAUAAACUUCGUGGAGGAGUUUAUUUUGUUGAUAAAAUUCCUGUAACAUCAACGGGGAAAGUGAAGAAAAUUGAAGCAGAGAAGUAUGCUGAAAAAAUGUUUAAGAGUCUUAACAAGACUGAUUAGAUUAUGAAGAUGAUUUAUUGCUCCACUAAGAAUAUCUGUUGCGUAUUGUUAUCUAUCUUUAAUCAAAUAUAAAUACACACAUAUAUAAA